GACUGCUAGAUAAAAUGAUAGAACGACAGAUAGAUAGAUAGACUGCUAGAUAGAAUGAUAGAGCGAUAGAUAGAUAGAUAGAUGAUAGAUAGAUAGAUAGAAAGAACGAUACAUAGACAGAUAGAAGGAUAGACAGACAGACAAAUAGAUAGAUAGAUAGAUAUAACUAAAUUCAAAUUAUUACAAAUGAACAUAUAAAGGACAUUCAGAGAACAUGCAAAUUACUUUUUUUUUGUAACACAUUAUUUUCCGUUCAGCGCCUCUGUGUAGGACAUUACCACUGUGAGAAAUUCAUUAGAAGAGCACAAACACUCCCCUCUCAUCAUAUGAACCUACACAGGCCUACAGAGAUACUCCCUUUUCAGAGUAUUUGACAGAAAUCCACAGGAGCAGACCAGACGCUUACGACAUAUGCUCCUCUCACUGAUCACUGGAUGCUUCUCGUGAGGGAUGCCAUGAUGGAGAAAAGAGCAGAAACAUCUCAGCAUUCUUCAAGAUCUGGACGGGUUAAGCGAGAGCCAUCGCCUUCCGCUAAAGAGAGGAAAACCAAAUCACCCAAAUCAGUGAAGCUCCAAGAGCCCCACAAAAGAAAAGAAAAACCAGAAGUGACAGAAGAAGAAGAAGAAAAAAGAGGUGAAGCCAAAGAGCCUCAAAUCAUCUCCAGCAGCACUGUUGUAAACGUAGACAGCGUGAGGGAACGAAUAAAAGUAGAUCGAGAGGAGUUAUUAGGAUUACUAGAGACUGAAGGACCUGAAGAAGGCUUGAAAAAGAGAUACCUUGGAGUUUGUGAGCUGCUUCUCAUCGUCUUGGUCCUGUCUGUGGUGAUCUUCUUCUUUCCUAUUUCAAUAUGGUUCUGUGUAAAGAUUGUAAGAGAACAUGAGAGAGCUGUGAAAUUUCGACUGGGGCAUUUAUUGCAGAAGAGACCAAGGGGCCCUGGGCUGAUGUUUUAUCUCCCAUUUUUGGAUGUGUGCCAUAUAGUCGACAUUCGGAUGAAAACACUGAAGAUCCCUCCUCACGCGGUGGUGACCAAAGAUCUGGUGUGUACUGAAGUAAGUGCGGUGUGUUACUAUCGUAUCGAGAAUGUGUCUGUGUGCUAUUCCUCCCUCGCUGGCAUCCCAGAUGUGCUGCAGGCUCUGACCCAGGUCUCCGUUAGAGAGAUACUGGCCCAUCAUGCCUUCACUGACAUUUUGAUGGACCGGAAACGGAUGGCCAGGGAGAUUCAGGUCAACUUAGAUUCGGUAACCUGCAGGUGGGGUAUCAAAGUGGAAAGAGCAGAAAUAGAAGAAAUUAAUCUUCCACCUGAGCUGCAACGCAACUUCGCAGUGGAGGCCGAAGCGAGACGUCAGGCACAAGUCAAAGUGAUCGCUGCAGAAGGAGAAAAGGCGGCUUGUGAAGCUUUGAAGGCCUCCAUAGAGUCUCUCUCUGGUUCUCCAGUGGUCGUGCACCUUCGACUCCUGCAGCUCCUCAACAAUCUGCGCUCAGAGCAGCCGGCUGUUGUCCUUAACAUACCUCCUGAUGUCCUAACUCAAUCCAUUGACCUCACCAGCUUGACCAGACCUGCCAAUCAAAGCCUGACCGCAGGUGACGGCUCAGAUGAGGCUAAAAAAGACUCGCCCAUGAUGUAAAGACAAC